AUGAGUGAGCAGAAUAGUCAGAAGAUCAUUUUAGUUCAUGGAGGUGGCCAUGGAGCCUGGUGUUGGUAUAAGGUGCUAGCCAUGUUAAGGUCGCAGGGAUACUCAGUGACAGCCGUUGAUCUUGCAGCCUGCGGCUCUGAUCCACGAAGAAUGCCUGAAGAUGUCUCCACCUUCGAUGUGUAUGCCCAACCUCUAAUGGACUUGAUGGAUUCAGUGGCUGAAGGAGAGAAGGUAGUGUUAGUUGGGCAUAGUUUUGGUGGAUUAAGCUUGGCUAAAGCCAUGGAUGCCUUUCCUGAGAAGAUUGCAGUUGCUGUUUUUGUCACUGCAAUCAUGCCUGAUACCAUUCAUUCACCUUCUUAUAUCCUCGAUCAGCAUUAUUUGCAAUUACCAGAGAAGUACGCUAAAAUUGAAACAAAGAGCAUUGUAAUUCCAGGAAGAUCUGAGCCAUUUAUUUUUUCGACCUUACAGCCUACAUUUCUCGCCAGCUACCUUUACCAAAAUUGCUCCUUUGAGGAUUUGACUUUGGCGGAGAUAAUGGUGAGGCCUGCAUCAAUUUUUCGAGAAGAUUUGAACAAUAAAGGGGCAUUCUCCAAAGAGAGAUAUGGAUCUGUUGACAAAGUGUUUAUCAUAUGUGGAGAAGAUGCUAUGUUGACUGCAGAUUUUCAGCACUGGAUGAUUCAGAAUAACCCAGUGAAAGAGGUGGUGGAGAUCAAAGAAGCAGAUCAUAUGGCGAUGCUUUCAAAGCCUAAAGAGCUAUGCCAAUGCCUUACAACAAUUUUUAGCAACUAUGCUAAGUGA